CUUUCCAUUCCGUGGCAUCAUUUGUUGAACUUUUGUUCAAUUUUGUCAGCCACCUUCUCGCCCGCCCGCUCGCACGUCCUACCCAAACUAUUUUCAUUGCACCUCUCAACACCAUGGGAUACUUCGAGGAGUAUGACUUGGAUUCACGAUUUAAAUCCGUUCUCUCGAGUUGGAAUCCGGUGAGGGGCUACUACCAUGUCGUUCUCGACUGGGACCAGCGGCGGGCAAUCUCGGUUUCGACUCCUGGGGAGAAAGAUGAUGAGUUCGUUUUCGAGGCACUCGAGGAGCUUGUUGAUGACCUUCCCGAUGACGUCGUGCAUAUAAAGGUGUCGGAGGACUUCCAUCUACUAUCAUCGUCUACAGCCGUCGAGGACGACAAUACGAUGAUUCCCUUCUACCCUUCACCUACCGACUUCCCGCCCCGGUUACCCACAGUUCGCCGGGAUCAGCUCACCGAAAUUGACCGGCUCGGAGUUCAAACGGAUCACACGGUAUACGAGCUUGGGCCUGGCCAACCGCCAAAGCAUGUUGUCUUCAAAUACUACCUGAACGAGGGCAACAUCGCCAUGUUUUGGCACGAAAUCAACUGUACUCUUAGGAUUCCCGCCCAUCCAAAUAUCGUCCCCUUCGACCGCCUUGUUGUCGACUCUGCCACUCCCGGCAGCCCCGAAAAGGUGGUAGGGUUUACAACCCCGUUCGUCGCAGGAGGUACCAUCUUGGACAAUGUCAGCCGUAUCUUCAAACUCGACCACCUCAAGCAACUCACAACGACAAUAGACUACCUAAACCUCCAACUCGGAAUCGUCCACGGGGACAUCUGCCUCUGGAACCUCCUCAUCGACGUCGAGACCGACCAGCUCAAGAUCUUCGACUUCAACAUGGGCGCCAAGCUCGGCUGGGAGGGCGACGAGGCCCACCAGGGUGUAUACGGGUACGACGAGGACCGCAACGACGUCAAGCUGGCCAUCUUCACGCUCUACGAGCUCAUCACGCGCGACCUCUCCUUCCGCGAGGAGAACUACCCGCACGAGCUCGACGCGGCCGUGGUGCUGGCGAUGCCGGCGUGGGAGCCGCACCCCGACGUGCGCCUCGAGGAGGGCGUCGAGGUUGCCGAGUACCGGCGGGUUCUGGAGGAGUGGGUGGCUAAGCGCAAGGAGGUCGAUGCGGGGUUCGGCAGCUACGAGCAGGCGCCGGAGUCGAUCGACUGGCCGUCGCUGCCCGAGUUUCCGGUUGUGGAGUUUGUGGGAAGUAUGACGAAGAGGCAGUCGCAGAUGCGGCAGGAGAUGAUCAAGCGGGGCGAGCCCUUCAUGAAAUGGCAGCGCCCGCCAACCCGCCGCCUUCCCCUUCCAGAGGGACAACGUCUUCUUGCCACCGGAGAGAUAAUUCGGGAUGGACCCAAGGAAGGGUGAUGGUGUCUGUGUGCCCGCAGGUUCCCUGUUCAAAAGUGGGAGUGUCCAACUGGGAAAGCGGCACGUAAGGGGCGGAUCGGACUUAUUAUUAAUUACCUACCUAGGUACCUAAGGUAGUUAAAUAUGCUGUAACCUCGGAGGUUCACUUGUCACGCAUUUUAUACUUCGACACCGUCAAACGGCCCGGCUCUUAGACAGAAUAGGCUCA